AUGGCUCUUUCCUCUCGUGUGGCCGUCAUUACAGGUGCUGCCUCAGGUCUGGGCCGUGCAACGGCUGCUAGACUUGUACAGAACGGAGCGCGCGUGAUUUUGUGCGAUCUUCCGACCAGCGACGGUGUUAACGUUGCGAGAAAACUUGGCGUCUCGUGUCACUUCAGUCCCACCGAUGUGACGAACGAAGACGACGUUGCUGCGGCACUGGAUCUGGCUGAAUCUUCCUUUGGUGAGCCGGUGAAUACCGCUAUCAAUUGUGCAGGUAUUGCACUAGCUAUCAAGACGCUAAGUAAAAAAGGUGUCCAUCAACUAUCUGCAUUUCAACAAACGAUCAAUGUCAACACCGUUGGAUCCUUCAAUGUUGCACGUCUUGCUGCUGAACGCAUGUCAAAAAUACGACCAGAUACUGAUGGAGAGCGCGGAGUUAUCAUCAAUACAGCAAGCAUUGCUGCAUAUGAUGGACAGAUUGGACAGGCGGCAUAUGCUGCUGGCAAAGGGGCCAUCGUAGGCAUGACGCUCCCCCCUUGCCAGAGAUCUGUCCUCAUACGGCAUUCGUGUAAACACAAUCGCACCUGGUUUAUUCAUGACGCCGCUUUUAGCAGGACUUCCGGAAAAGAUGCAAAAGGAGCUCGGUGA